AUGAGCCCUGAUGAGGACAAGAAGCCAGUAGCGCCCAGGAAAGUUACAGAUGUGGGAGAAAUUCACAUAGGGUGCAAAUGCUGGGUUGAAAAGGACGGCACAGAGCGGUUGGCGGAGAUUUUAAGCAUAAACAACCGCAAGAGUCCUCCCAAAUUUUACGUGCACUACGAGGACUUCAAUAAGCGUCUAGACGAGUGGAUCUUGACUCCGCGAAUCAAUUUGGAGAAAGAUGUGUUUUUCCCGGUUUCAGAGCUUGAGAAGAAGAAGGACAGCUCCGAAACUGAUAAAUCAAGUAAAAAGAAGCAGAAGCAAAAAAGAGCCUCUGAAACCCCGGCACAAGACGGCAGCACUCCAUCCACAGCAGCGAAUGACACUCAAGAUGGUGGGGAUAUCAUGGAUUUGGAUUCUUUGAACGUGCAAGGAAUAAAAGAUGAGGAAAUAUCAAGGGACGACGAGAUUAAAAAGCUGCGAACUUCGGGAUCCAUGGUGCAGAAUUCGCACGAAGUGGCCCGGGUGCGGAACCUGUCCAAAAUUAUUAUGGGGAAAUACGAAAUUGAGCCUUGGUAUUUCUCUCCCUACCCAAUCGAGCUGACAGACGAGGACGUGGUCUUUAUUGAUGCCUUCACGUUGCAAUAUUUUGGCUCAAAAAAACAAUAUGAACGAUACAGAUCCAAGUGCACCCUGCGACAUCCGCCAGGCAAUGAAAUUUACAGGGACGAUUACGUGUCUUUUUUCGAAAUAGACGGGAGGAAACAGAGGACAUGGUGUCGGAACCUUUGUCUUUUCUCGAAGCUGUUUUUGGAUCACAAAACCCUCUAUUACGAUGUGGAUCCGUUUUUGUUUUAUUGUAUGACACGAAGAGAUGAAUUGGGUCACCAUUUGGUUGGAUAUUUCUCCAAGGAAAAAGAAUCGAGCGAGAACUACAACGUCGCUUGUAUUCUUACGCUUCCGCAAUAUCAGAGAAUGGGAUACGGCCGACUUCUAAUAGAGUUUUCAUAUGAGCUGUCCAAGAAAGAGAACAAACCUGGAUCUCCGGAAAAGCCCUUGUCGGAUUUGGGACUUCUGUCGUACAGAGCGUAUUGGGCCGAUACCCUGAUUAAGUUGUUAAUGAAUCAUGGAUCUGAGAUCACAAUAGAUGAGAUAAGCUCUCUAACCUCCAUGACAACUACAGACAUUUUGCAUACGGCCAAGGCUCUCAAUAUCCUACAAUAUUAUAAGGGCCAGCAUAUUAUCUACAUGAAUGAGGAUGUGGCACAACGGUACGAAAAGAUAAAGGAAAAGAAGGGCAGGCGAAAUAUCGAUCCGGCAAAACUAAUUUGGAAGCCUCCGGUGUUCACCGCUUCCCAGCUACGGUUUGCAUGGUGA